AUGAGUACCAAGCCCGUCAUCCAAGGCAGCUGUGCCUGUCGCUACGUCCGUUAUACCGUCUCGCAACUGCCCAGCAUUGUGGUCAACUGCCACUGCACUGAAUGCAGGAAACAAUCUGGCGCUCCUUACCAGAGCUGGGCUCACUUCCAUCGAGACGCCAUUAACUGGAUUGUUCAGCCUACCACUCGACGCUCCAGCAACAUCGCAACCAGGAGCUUUUGUCCUCGGUGCGGAUCCAGCAUCACUAUGGCUUACGAUGUCGAUCCCGAGAUGACAGGGAUUGCAGCCGGAACGAUCGACGAUGAUGCAUCGAUUCCAGAUCAGGUACCCAAGCCCGGUUUUCACAUCUUUCUUAAGGAAAAGGCGGCUUGGUUUGAUAUUCCUGAGGACGGGGCGGAGAGGUGGGAUUCUCAUCCGCCUCGGAAGGGUUGGGACAGUAGGAAAGAAAUCACUCGAGAGGGGCUGUAG